CUGAAGGUGAGAUAGAGGGCUUACUAGUAGGCCACCAAUGAACGGCAAGCGUUGAGAUCCAUCGACUGGUUGGUGAGAUGUUACGCGGGAAAUGGGCGCACUUGAAAUUCGAAUCAGAAAGUGGUUUGGGCGCGGUGUUCCAAACCUGCUCCACACUACGUAACUAUCACGAUGAUAGUAGUGAUAAUCACUGUAGGUCUCGCGAUUGUGCCAGUGAUAGUGGCGACGACUGACUAUUUUCGCUUGAGCCCGUGCACAACGCUUCCACUCU